AGUGCUGUCUCUAACUCUGGCCUAGGCAGAGUUGGGGGGCCGCAGGGCUCCCCUCUCCCUCCCCAGAGGGGGGAAGAAGGAGCCCAGCCACCCCCUGGCCUUCUACACCUACACGCAGCAGACACCAACAGAAACACACUGCCAACAGGUUCCGGUGCUGUGUAUAUAUGAUUUUUCACAGGAGCAAACAAAACAAGCAGUGAUUAGCCCUCCAGGGAACACUGCCCUGGCACCCAAUUCCCUCUGAGCCCCUGACUCUCAGGGGGGGCCAAUCUUAAUCCAUGACACCAGCCUUGGUUUCCCUGGAAAUAUUGGCUCUUUUAUUCUCUGAACCCUAACCCAAAUGGCUUGAAGUUGUGGCAGAGGUCCCCCUCACCAUAGGUCACCCACAAUAAAAACGUGUGGUAUCUAAUCUUGGGUUCCUGCUGUGAUCCCCUUGGCAUGUCUUUUCCAGCCCCAGUAUCCCUGGAGCUGUAGACUCCGUGGCUCUCUGAACCCCAACCCCAACACUAGUGCUUAUGGCAUCUUGUUGCUGGAGCUGAGGUCCCCAUCACCAUUGGUAGCCUAGAUAAAAAAGAUAUAGGAGCAGAAAAGUUGGGGACUCGCCAUGAUCCACUUGGCAUGCCUUUUCCAGCUCCAGGGUUCCUGGAGAUGUGGGAUCUUUUAGUCUUUAAACCCUACCACUAACCCUAAUGACUUCUAGUCACUGUGGCUGAGGUCUCCAUCACCGUGGGUGGACCAGAUAAAAAAGAUGUAGGGGCAGCAAUGAUGUUGGGGCCCUGUCAUGAUCCCCUUGGCUUGACUUUUUCAUCCCCAGUGUCCUUGGAGCUCUAGGCUCUUUUACUCUCUGACCCCAACACUAAUCUGAACCAUAUCCCUGAACAAAAUUCAGGAUAUCUAUACACCAUUUUAUCCAUGACAGAAGGAAGGGCAGUAAGAGAUAUUUUUUCACUUUUAUUGUCAUUUCAGAGAUGCAUUAGGAUGUAUUGAUGUUUAGAUUGUCACUAUUUAGCAAUUUAAAUUACCGUCUCCGGUUCAGUUUACAGAGACAGAGAUAUCAUUUUACCUCUACUACUUUUAACAAACUGAACUUUGCAACAGUCCUCUGUCACUGUUUUUCCACAUAGCACCAAAUAUCAAGUAGACUGUGCCCUGGGAUGGUUUUCUCCCUUAAAUAAAAUCCAGCAAAUCCUACUUUUUCAGAAAUCAUUUAUUUUACCAGUCUAUGGCUGUGUGUCUGUGCACAGCGACUCUGGGCUUCUCUAGCUAUUACUUUGUCCCUUUCAGCCUGUUGAUUUCUACACUGAGGGUCUCCUCCUCCAUGUCGCUUCCAGCUCUUGAGAGGGUAAUUAUUUUUCACAGACUGCCUGGCUUCUACUGCUAUGAAAGAGUCUCUUGACAUCCCAGGAACAAGUAGCAGUGAGGCAAUCUGUAACCAAGCCAUUGCUGCCUUGGCCAAACUAGCACUCCCUCAUGGCAAAGUGUAUCUCUUGGAUCAUCUCCUCUUAUUUCUUCCACUUAGUCAUAUACAACCUGGGUAUGACAGCACUUAUUCCUCUGGCUAAGCAUGUAAAUUCCUGUGUUCCUGGAAUCUGUUGUGCCUUGUGCUAAUUUCUCUGUUUAGUCUUUCUCUUUCUUUUCCAUCUAUUUGGUAAUUCUCAGAGUUGGAUAGCUUUUUUUCUUCCCUCUCCAUUUCUGUGCUCCUCAGGACCCCAUAUGGGAACAGUGCACAGGGAUAUUAUAAGUAAUGAAAACCAGGUUCCAUCAUGUCAAUAAGCCCAAGAACAUGUGUUGGUGCAAUAGUUGAGGUUUACUUUGGGUCUUUGCUUGCCAGUCAGCUUUCAACAUUCAAUAUUUCUUAAUCCCUCAUCACCUUAUUUUUAUGUGAACCAGAGAAAUUUUCUUCAGUUUUUAAUUGCAUGAUAUUCACUUAGCCAAACUGGAUAACAGAAUAAAUAGCUAAGUCUAUGGGAGUGCAGUUCUUGGAUGCCAAACAUCAUCAGCCACAGAGCCACUUGGGUGAGUUCCUCCAAGGCAGACAGCAGAACCUGAGAGUUGCUAGAAGAAGCUGGCACAUUAAUUGUCCCUUAUAGAAAUGGUCUUAUCUCCAUUACAUGAUGCCUGAAUUUCCAUCUCCCCUUCCAUGGACUAGGGAUACUGAACAGACACACCAUGCUUGUGGAGGCCUUUUGAAAGUCUCUGUUGCAAGGAACUUCCAGAACACUAAAUAUUUCUUGAGAUUUUGUUUAUUUUAUUAGGAUGUCUGAGGACAGCAAAAUCCACCCAAAUGUGGCAAGGCAGCUGCAUGUAGCCCUGGUGUGGGAAAUAGCUAUGUAGUGAGAUGAGCAAUGGCUGAGACAUAUGGGAAAUAGUCUGAUCUUCAAGUCAGGAAUUUCACAGCUAUGCUCCAGCAUUUUGAGCUGUAUACAUGAAUCAUCAGCACAAUGAAACCAGAGAGUGACACCAGCUUCCCUAAAAGAGUCUCUCUCUGUAUGUAUAGCUGCUAGACUUGCAUAUUUCUGUUUAUAAAUACUCAGUGAUAACUGACCGCAAAAAUAACAUGGCUUUCUCAGCAGAGAGCUCCUAAAAAAAAAGUACGUGUUCUAUCUUUCAUUUCUUCCUGAGUUAUUCUAGACCAGACUUUUGCACCUCCAGAUAAACUAUUUUAACCUGAGGUUCUUGUAGUGGUGCAUGUGAUCAGUACAUUUUCUGGAUAAGAAGACAACCAUGAUAGAGCUUUUCUAAAGAAAGCUGUUUAACUGUGUUGAUCCUUGUUAGAUGGAUCAAAGGACAUGAUGCUGUCUGAGAACUGCACUGCUAUUUGUGUUUAGUUUAGUUUUCUAAGGCAGGUCAGCAUAUGUUACUGCAUUAUAAACUCACUUUGAAUGUUGCAGCUGUAUCCUCUAAGGGGCUGUGUUUUAAAAAUGCCUGGAGUUGUAGGAGCAUGAGGAAAGCUGGUGACUGCUGAUGUGUACAGAUGGGAGACCCAAAGCAUUGCCCCACAGAGGGAAAGUCAGACAGCAACCAGUCCAUACAAAUGGUGAUGGGCAAUAAGUUGAUCAGUUUUAUCAGUGUAGUUGCAAGCGAGCCCAAGGAUGUGCUACUGCACCUGGCCUAGACAAAGUAGUCAUGGGUGAGGUGGGAAAAGAGGACAUGACAUGAGGGGAAGGAAAGCACUGGAGCAUGGUGGGGAAAGGCCAUGAAGUGGCUGCAGUGGAGGAGUGUCUGUGAGGGCAUGGGGCACAAAUCUGUGGAAAAUAAGUGAUGCUAGUUCUGCUGCUCAUCAAACAGCUUGUUGUCACAUGUCUUUACUCAGUGCAUGCAAUGAAUGUGUUUGCAGCAGUGGGUAGGUACAAUCUUUCCAAAGAUAUCAAGCCUCAUUUCCUGCAGUUUUGCUCUUUUUGUGUCUGGUAAACAUCUGGGUUAUUUGCUGGGGAUUUGCCUCAUUUUGGUGACCAUGGUUACAAUCAGAGGCUCCCACAUCUAUUGUGCAAGUCACUCAUACAGUAAUAGCCUGAUAUUUAAACUUAAUAUAACACAGGACACCGAAUCUGACAGCUUGUCUUUCUGGUUGCAUACAGUGAAUUGGAAAUGGAAAGACUGAUAUAGUUUUAUAAUUCAUGAGGUCAGAUUCUCAGAAUGAAGUGCAGAGAUUCUGGAAGGCAAAACCAGGGGUUUCAUAGUUCAAGUGUGUUUUGCAUCGAGGGGAUUGAGUUCUUUCUUUUCUACAAGAAGAUGGAGUGCUACAGGGCAGUUAGUAACUUCAGUUACAUCAUCAGCCUUUCAGAUUUAUGGAUAACAGGACUGAUGAAGAAAAUUGAUCAGCUUCUGUGUGGGGCUGAUAGCUAUAGAGAUCCUUGCAAUGACUGCAUUGAUCAGCAUAUAGAAACUAUACAGACCACUACAGAUUGAAAUAUGGCGCUUAAUGAUUUUUCUUUUCUCUUUAUUUACUGAACUGGUUAUAAUAUGGUCAAUAUUGCCUGCACAAAGGAAUAUAUGCAAUCCAAGCAUGUGACACAUCCCCAAAGAUUGCAGAAUAUUAAUAGUUGUCUUCAUUGAUAUGUUUCUUCUCUCCAUAGUAGAGGGCAGUAUGGUCUCAAAACCUGAUAAUUUUUCAUCUCUUAAACAAUAUUCUGAGGUCUUCAAUACAACUGAGACUGAUAUUAAAGAAAAAGUCAAUGAAUUAUGUUAGGAUUAAAUAAAAAAUGGUUCUUAUGUGCUUACUGCAAUAAACAGCUAUGUUAUUUUUAUUACUGUGUCAUUAUUUGGUUAGUCAGAGCACCACGAGGCCUGAGCCUUGGGCUAGGACCCCAGCGCUCCAGACCAGGGUUGCUUGGCCAAGGUUUACGAAGCCCAGGCAGGUGAGGACAUUUCACUGAAGUCUUCUAGACCUGUGUUCUGACUCCAGGUCCAGCAGGUCAGCCAGACACCGCAUCUUGCCUUCCUGGGCUUGCAGUGAGGCAGUGCAUGACAGCUGCUCCAUGAAGCAUCAAGAGGCUGUAAGAGAUGCAAGGUUGCCUGGAAGGAACAUGACAAGUCAGGACAAGGCACAGGAAAAACUGUCUUGUAGUUCAGUUCCAGAUUGAAGUCCCUCAUUAGAUUGCCCUCUUCUAGACACGUGAAGGCCAUCAUUGCCACAAAUUAUAGUCCAUUUCUUACUCCUUCUGCUCAUGAUCUGCUUAUAUCUGUUAAUUCUUUAUACCCUAUUGCAAGAGAACAUUAAUGUAGGCAGUCACACUAAAAAGGAUGUUAUGGAAGGAAAGGGCAAUCAACUCAUUCGUGAUUCAAAAGCGAUCUGAGAAAUCACAGAAGAUUUAUGUUGUCUAUGAUGAGCUUGCUAAACCACAUAAUGUGAAGAUUGCAAUUAUUUAACUACAGUGCAAUUUUUUAGCUGACCAUGCUGCAGAACACCUUUUGUUACUCAUGAGAAUUUUUUAUUUGAGGUGGAGCACGAAAUAGUCAUGUGAAGACAUGAGUGUAUGCAAGCUACCACUCAUCAGAAAAAAAGGAAAAUUAGUCACGUACUCAUUUAGCAGUUAUUUCCCCUUUUUUGGGAAAUCCAAACACAUGUUUUCUCUCUGUGCCUCUGUUUCUCUCAUCCUCACUCUACGGAAGGAAAGAAAGCUCUGUCUAAAAUGUUGUUUGGUUCUGACACAAAUCUGAUUGGGCAAUGAGAGACAAAUUUCCGCUGUGUGUUGAGCUAAACCUUAUAUAAGGUCCUCACUAGCAAUUUCCACAAUAGCUUCUUUUGUGAAAAGCUAAUGGCUGAAAGACUGCAGAAACACAGAUUUCAAAAGACUUUCCCUUGACCUUCUUCCAAUUUGCUGUGGAAAAAAAUGCGUGGGCUCUUCUUUGUCCUGGUGACGUGCACAGCAGGUGCCUCUGCUUUCAGAUUCCAGCAAGUCAAAAGCAUGGAAAACUGCCCAGAUCACACCGUGUUUUUCAAACACUACUACGAAUUGCAUGGAGAACCUGUGGUUCUGAAGUGCCCUUCCCCCAGUUACAAACAUUUGGAUUUUUCUGCCUUGACUCCUAAUAUCACAUGGCAUAAAAACGGUUCAAAAACCAUGAUAUCAGGAAGAGACGAAGAUUCAAGAAUCUGGGCAAAAGAAAAUGCACUCUGGUUUUUACCAGUGAUGCUAGAAGAUUCAGGAGUAUAUAUCUGCACGAAAAGGAACUCCUCCUACUGCGUAGAAGUCUCCAUCCACCUCACAGUCGUGGAGAAAACAGCUGCUCAGGAGAUUGCCUAUCCCCAGGUCCUCUUCACUUUCACUUCUGGAAAGAUCGUUUGUCCUGACCUGUGGGAUUUUUCACCAAAUAGGACAAGCCUAGAGCUCAAGUGGUACAAGGAUGCCCUGCCUUUGGAAGACAACAAUGAGAAAUUUGUCAUUCUGAAAGGUUCAAAUUCUCUGAUCAUGACGCCUGUGCUACCAACAGAUGCUGGCUAUUACACUUGCAAGAUGUCAUUUCCAUUUGAAGGUGUGAUGUAUGAAAUCACCAGGACAAUUCAGCUGGAGACUGUUGAACGAGAGAAAAGAAUUACCCCAAUAAUUGUGUAUCCAACGCAAAAGACAACAUCAACUGUUCUUGGCUCCAAGAUGACUCUUCCAUGCAAAGUGUUUGUUGGGCUGAGCAGCCAUGUCCAAACCGAUGUGGAAUGGCUGGCAAAUGACACCAGUGUUGAUGUGGUUUAUAAACAAAGCAGAGUUACAGAGGGAGAACGACAAGAAAUUGUAGAAAAUGGUGAAAACUUCAUUGAAGUACCAUUGAUUUUUGAUUCUGUUGAAGAAAUGGACUUUUACACAGACUUUACCUGUCUAGCCCAGAACAGAUAUGGAUACCAAGUACUGCCAACAAGGGUCAAGCAGGAAGCUGUUGGCUUGUCCUGGUACAUUGCAAUGAUUCCCAUUGCAUUGGCCUGUGUGAUCGUGGGAGGGAUAUGCUGGAAGCGGAGAGACGAUAAAGGAUAUAGCAUAGCAAAGGUUUAAAUUCUGCCUGGUUCUCCAGCUGCCAACAGAACAAAAAAUCACCAUGGCUAUCUUUCACGUGAGGCACAGAGAGCAUUUCAGACCUGAUAUACUGCAUUCCCAGCAGACAGAUAUGUAUCAGCUCUUUCCCUCUUCUCCAAGUCUUCUAUGAUCUGAUGAAGUUAAGAAUAUAAGUUUCCAUUUUUAUACUGCCUAGAUGCAGGAAACCUGAUUCUAUUAUUUUGCAGCUAGGGUGCAAUCUGUAGGAUUUUGGAACACAGAAUACUGGGAUCGUGCUCUGGAUAUGGGAAAGGUAGGGAAAGGGAGGUGCUCUUACCCUUCGUAAUUUCAAUAAACUUACUGGUUUUUUGUACAAAAGGAAAGGAAAUCCCCUAGAAGACCCAUUUGUUUUCCCUUUUCCAGAGCCAAAUGCAGUUGUCAUGGCAACUGUAUAUCUAUGAAUUUCUCCAUAAAAAACCUAAUUUUUUUCACCAUUUGGAUUAUUCUUUACUUAAAUGGACUGUCUCAGAAUAUUCCUCCCCCAGAGAAAACUACAUCUGCACAACAGAUAAUUGUACAUUGGAGUAUUCAGUUCUGUUUUAUCUACUAAUAUGUCAUAUCUAGAGAUUCAUAGUCAGCUGUAACAUGUUGUUAUCUUUGCCAAGGAAAGAAUUUGUGUUUUGAGAGUCAUUUGACUAAUAAAAACUUUCAUUCCUGGAAGUAGUUGGACAGAUUGCCAGUAGUAAUAUACAGUCUCACCCUUUUGUGCCUCCAACCCUUUCUGUGACCAGUCUGGUGUAGCUUCAAAUUGUGUCCUUUAAAUUGCAGUAUGCAAAUUGACUACUCAUGAUACAAAACACUGCCUGUUAGGUUAAUCUAACUGGAUUCUAGUCUUGGCAUAAAUCAGAAGGGAGUAAUAAAUAAUCAGUGACCAUGCUGUACUUUGAGAGUCAGAAGGAGUAAAAUGACUUGGUUACUUCCUCUUCAAAGAGACACCACUUAUAAUAGCUGAGAAAUAGGUACAUGACACAUAAUGUGUAUUAUCUUCAUCUGUAUGGGAGGGAAGAGAAACUGCCUUAAAGGACUACAUUGUUACAGAGCCGUAACUGACGCCUCUCACAGACUCUGAAGAUAAAGCUUUUUGUUCAUGUAAAUCAUCCCCGAGGUUUUUCAAACUCUGCAGGAAAGAAAUCAGGAAAAACACUGGCUCCAAAGAAACAAAUGGUAAAAAACUAGGGAAAUGAACAGCUCAUGUCCAACUGGGAGAGGCCAUAAUAUAAUUCCUUUCCACCAUCUCUUAUAGCUGGCUCUGAGUUAGUCCAAUAAAUAUUUGGAAAAACUUCAAAGAGUAGGAUGUGACUUGAGUUAUGAAACCUUUAUUAUCUACUAGCAGAAACCUUCGCAAGUAAUGAGAUUUAAGCCAAAGCCUCCCUUUAAAUAUUCUAAGGCAUGGAGAUUAGAGUUCUGACACAGUCUGAGUCAAGAGCAACCAAAGAAGAUCACAGAAUUUACUGUUUCCAAGCACAGAAUGUCAGCUAUGAUGAUAAAGACUACAUGUAUUUUAUGGGCAGAUGGGAAAAAGCUGUCUGCAAGUGUGGAAACCAGUCAAUCCACUUGGAUAUCUGUUCUUUGAAGGAAGAAAGCUAUAGAUGAACUGACCAAUGCUGGAAGGAACAUGAAAAAUAUUUUAGGAACAUCAGGAAUACUCAUUAUUUUCAAGCAAUCACUAGUCUGUAGCUAGAGAAUAAAUUUUGUUUGUCAGUAAGUGUAACAUUUCAAAAUGUGAUUUGUUCUUCCUUUCCAUCUGUAUCCUCCAAGAGUAGUGUAGUAACACAUCCAGCUAUAGGUACAGGUUGGAUUUCACCAAGUAGUGGAAAAGAAGUAUGUGGAGUAUUGAUGCCAUAAGAAAGUUAAACACCUCAGAUCAUCCUCCAAACUAGAGCAGAAGAAAGAAAUGUGAAUGUGUAAGCAUAAAGAGAAUAGAUGUUACUCAGUGGCACCUUGAAUACAAAAGGAAUGUAUAGAAACAAAGGCUUAUCUUUUAUGAAGUGAUAUUUGCUUCUCUAACUGUUGGUCUAGCAAUAUUCUGAAGGCUUUCCUCAUAAGCAGACGUUCAAGUGAACUAUAUUAUGUAGAUAUUUUACAGUAGGCUUAAAUAAGUGGUCUACGUAAUGUAAAUGCUUUACAUUUCUUUGUAUCAUUAUACACAAGGGCAACAUUGUUUUUGAAAAUGUUAUGUGAAAAAUGAAAAACAAAUAAACCCCAAAACAAUA